AUGUCAUCUAACCAGUCUGAAGCUGGGGUUGCCCCGGUUUUCCCGUUCACCGAUAGAGACGCGCAGGUCAUCAAGGAGUGGGCACGGAGCCUGGAUGAUUGGCUUGUGAGCUCAAAUAGACCAACCAACACUGGCUACGACGGCAUCCAGAUUCGACGACAGUACAACCUCCACAGACUAUUCGUGCUCUCGAUUUACCACCCUGCUCGCGGGUUCGAUCUCUUUGCAGCCAGCGUCGCAUUGUCCGAACGACAUGAGCUUCUCCUCUCCGCCCGUGCGACACUUAUGCUACGGAGAGACGACAAGGGAAUUUGGGCAAACUGGGACUUGGUAACGUGGCUCCAGAGCGUGAACCUGUCGCCGAACUUGAAUCUCACACAACCCGUAUUUGACCCUUCCUGGUCACUUUUCGAUCAGAACAGCAUACAAAUUGCUUCUGGUUCGAUGUUCCAACAAACCGCCCUUGACGCUGGAUCAGAUCUCGACAACCCUAGCAUCACUGGUCAGACAGAUGCAGAUGCGAUGGCGCAUCAGCAACAGCAAAAUUAUGACGACCCUGGCUUUUGGAACGUCUACGGGAAUCAUAGCGCAUCUUGGCCAUCCAAUCUCACUCGAAUAUUCGGCAACACAGCGUUUUCAGACACUGCAGAUAAUGAAGGUGGAUCAUGA